CUUUGAUACUCGUAGCAUCAUGAGGGCUCUGGUGAUUCUGGUCGCGGUGUCGUGUUGCUCAGCGCAGCUGGUGUUACCAUACGCGAAUCCCUGGGCGCUGCAAUCCGCGAAGCUGAUCACGACCCCUGCUGUCGAGGGAGACGUUAAGCCUGUGGCUCUGGCUAGCCCUUACAUCAACCCCUUCGGUCACCCCCUUGCUACCCCCUAUGCCAACUACCCCUUUGCUAGCCCAUAUGCCCACCACCCCUUUGUUACCCCCUAUGCCCACUACCCCUUUGCUACCCCUUACACUCACCCCUUUGGCUACGCAGUGAAGGCUGACACUACUACCCUCAAGGCCACCGAGUUCCCCCAUAUCUUCGAGGAGGUCAAGGCCGAGGAGGCCGUAGAGUCUGCUCGUCGUCGCCGUAGUGUGGUGUCAGUUCCCCUGCCGUACAUCCACGCCGUACCUACAGUGGCCAAGACCACCGUGGAGACCAAGCAGUUCGAGGCUAUUGAAGCUGCUACUCCAGCUGACACCACCAAGAUCGAGCUCACCACCAAGGAGCACGAGAUCAACGUCCCCGCCAUCAAGUACGUGCAGCCCGUCGCCAACUACAAACCCAUUACCUACACUGCCGUCUCCCCCGCAGUCCUCCCCUACCAGUACCCCAUCACUUAUGGUGCCGUCCCCCCCAUCACCUACGGUGCCCUCCCUUUCCCCUUCGCCCACGCCCCUGUCGUCAAACUGGAAGAAUAACUUUGAUUCAGUUUUCCUUCACAAACAAUAGGCACCUUUUCUCCUUUGGUACACACAAGACCUGUAGAUCCAUAUAGCUCCACAACGACUCACAGAAACACUUGAAACUCUUCUACAUUUUAUGCUGUUGUAUAUGAAUUCCUAAAAUAGCAUGUGGGUAACAAAAUUUAAAUAAACACAAGCAUCUAUUUUGUAUAAAUUAAUAUAACAUUUUAUGGUAUUAAUCUUUAGAAGUUCUUUCUUUUACGAUAAAAUAUAAAAAUUUCUGCAAAUGUUUUGUAGGCGUCCCGACUCCUUAUAUUAGCAAGUAAGAAUCAUCUGAAUAACUCCAUAAUUUAUUUUAUUUUUACCUAAAAUGAAAGAGAAGGAGACCAUAAUUUAUAUGUUCCCAAAACUAUAGACUUUAGAUAAUUCAGCUGGAAGAGACGCGUUCAUUGUUGAAUAUAUUUACAGAAAACUAAAUUCUAGUUUAUUAUACCACAGGAAUCUAAGAUACUUAAUCCUCUAAUCACCUCCUUUGUAAAUGUGGGUCUUCAAUCAUUGUGAUAAUGACAAUAGCAAUAAAAGUACAUUACAGCGAACAACCUUAAUAAUCCAGUAAUUUUUUGUCAUGUAGAAUUUAUAGUUCCAUGAAACAGUAAAUUACAAAAGCAAACCAAACUUCAAAUAUUAGGUUACAUGGAAAUUACAACAGAAUCAGAGAGAUAGAAAGAAUAAAGCGAGGUAAAAAAAAAAUCCGGAGAAUGUUCCAUAUGCUUUAGUGUGUGUUACUAAAGUCUUCUGUCGUUUUCUGUUAUUUUGUUAAGAUAGAAAACGAAACUCAUUCACUGAUUAACUGACGGCUUUGUGAAGUGAAAGUUUUCUUGUGUUAUUCUUUAGUAAAAUGUUUGUGGUUAAAAAUGGUAUCAUGCACAUCACUUUUAAAGCAUUAUUUCGACACAAACUAACCAAAACUACCUUGAAAGCAUUAGGUUAGGUUAGGUUUGCGUCUGUUUCAAAAACUGACUAAAUAUUGCGAUGAU